AUGGGAAAUUCUAGAGUGUGUCCUGUAAAGGCAACAAGCAGUGGGAGGAUUUCUACUGCUCUGCUGAUGGGAAAUUCUAGAGUGUGUCCUGUAAAGGCAACAACCAUACCCCGACUGGAAUUGACUGCUGCAGUGGUGUCCAUAAACCUAGCACAAGAAAUUUUGGAAGAGCUGACGAUUAAAGUGGACCAGAAAUUCUAUCACACAAAUUCUACAACAGUUCUUCACUAUAUUUUUAGUGAUGGAAAGAGGUUUCCUAUAUUUGUUGCAAAUAGAGUGAAAGUAAUUAAGAAUUUCUCUGAAAAUACACAGUGGAGAUAUGUUCAGAGUAAAGAGAAUCCUGCUGAUAUUGCAUCAAGAGGUUUCACAAGUCAGCAAAUGCUGAACAGUAACAUUUGGUUUGAUGGCCCAUAUUUUCUUAGAGGACCAGAGGAGCUGUGGAAAAAUGACAUGAUUCCACUCAAGCUGGAAUGUUUGAAUUGGAAGGAUCUAUAA